CAGAUGCGCUUCAACAUAUACAAAUCAAGUAUGUUGAAGACGAUGAAGGAAUCAAAAAAUUCUUUGCAUCAUUUCACCUGCAUGAAAGCUUUCCAGUAGCAGUUAUCAUUGAUGAUUUUGGAGAUUUCUUCAGCGACAAGAAUUGCCAACAGAGAUAUAACAAUGCAAGGGGUAGAGAUCUAGCCAUGGUUCGCACUCUGGCUCUAUGCUGGGAUGCUAUAGCACACGCAAACAAAAAAUUGCAACCCAAGGCAUCUUGCAGUCUUCUGGUUGCUGAUACACACCAAGGAGACAGUCCAAGACUGUUAUUCAUUUACAAGAGAUGGAUUCAGUGCAUCUUCACAAUUCAAGGUGAUGGCUCGGGUUCGUAUAUUUUGAAGAAUAGUUGUAUUUCAGGCAACAGGCAAGAGGGCACGAGAAUUGCCAAAUAUUCCAUAGCGCUUCAGCAUCUGGCAUUGGAAGAGCCAUUUCUCUCUCUUCAACAAAGAGCACUCGCUCAACUAUCGCAGAUGGCAAGAAGAACUACUCAGCGAACCCACGGAUUACGAUGACUUGAGGAUCUCUUUGGAUGAUGAGAGCAGCAACCAAAGAUCUUUAACGACGUGGAUAUGCCCAUGGAAUUGGUUGUACCGAUGAUGGACUUGUACAUGGCCUGCCGGCACAAGGGAUCGGGCUGCUUCACCUUCGAAAUCUCGUACACAUGGCGAACCCUGAUGGGGGACUUGACCGUGAGGUCGAACGGGUUGUCUUUAUUGUUGGGAAAAAUGGUCCCACAAGUAUGAAUCAACUAUGAAAAUUAUAAGCAAAAUAAAAACACGAGAUUUUUAUGUGAUUUUUUUAAUUAAA